UAGAAGAAGAAGACAAUGCAGCGUCAGUCAAACCCGUGGCGGGAAAAUGUUUUUUUCUUUUUUAAACCUUAACCUUUUGAGGCGUCUCAGCCAGUCGUUAUAGCUAGUUAGUUAAGUGAUCUUUUAUUACAUUUCUUUUUUUGUAACAUUUUCAAUUUUGCUGUUACCUCGUCCGAUUUAUGAUGCCAUGGUUGUCCUCAGAGAUGGCAUGUGUCCUGGAUUGGAUGAGGAAUUGAUACAAGCACUACGAGCAGAAGAUGUCAAAACCGUGGAAGAUCUGGUGUCAUCUGACACUGAAGAUCUGUCACAAAAAUGCUCCGUGUCUUAUAAGGCUUUAUUGGCCGUGCGCAGGGUUCUACUUGCCCAACACGCAGCCUUUCCUGUCUCAGGUGCUGAUCUGUAUGAGGAACUGCUGAGUUCCACUGCCAUCCUGUCCACUGGCAAUCCUAUUCUUGAUAAAAUGCUAGACUCAGGUUUGUACACUGGGGAAUUAACAGAGCUGGCAGGAGGCCCGGGAAGUGGUAAAACCCAGGUGUGUUUUGGGGUUACAUUGAGUAUAUCUUACCAACUAAAGCAAAGUGUGGUAUAUAUUGACUCCACUGGAGGAAUGUCUGCUAGCCGCUUACUUCAGAUGUUACAAGCGAAAUCCUGUAAUAUGGAGGAACAGAUGGAGGCUCUACAGAGAAUUCAGAUUUUCCGCUUGUUUGAUGCAUUUUCCUUACUUGGCUGUCUACAUAGUCUGCGAUGCGUUGGUCUACAGCAGGCUUCUCUUGGUGGGGGCUCAGUCAAAGCAGUGAUAGUGGAUUCAGUGUCAGCCUUAAUCUCUCCCCUACUGGGAGGCAAACAUAAUGAAGUGAAGAUCUCUCCAGGUAUGUCAUUAAUGAUGCAAGUUGCUGGAGUUCUGAAAACUAUAGCCAAGGACUUCAAUGUAGCAGCUUUGGUGACCAACCACACAACAAGAGAUGGCAGCGGGCAGCCGAAACCUGGAUUGGGUCUAUCUUGGAGUCAUGUGCCUAGAACCAGAGUUUUACUGGAGCGGGUGGAGAGACCUGGUUCCUUAUGUUCUAGCCUACGCACUGCAACUUUAAUUAAGUCUUCUAGACAGCCAUGUCUUCUCAAAACAGAGUUUGACUUAAAGUGCUGGGGCAGACCAGAUGAUAUGACUGCUGUGUCUGGAAAGAGAAAGCUGGAGAACUAAUAAUACUGAAUAUCAAACUGAAGAGGUUUGCAGAGGUGCCUGUAUGUUGACUAUAUAUUCUAGCUUCGAAAGAAGGGAACGCAUGUCUGUUUGGAAAUCAACCGCGGCCCCAGUGACUAAUACUAUUUAUACUACAAAUGAUUGUGUUUUGUUACAAAAGUGUGACUUAAAUAUAUUGAUUUAAAACAAGUUUCAGGCCAUGCACGUGGAUUAUAAUGAAGAACAAAAAAAUGAUUUAACAGAAUAUUCAAGCCUUUUAUUAGCACCUUAAAACAUUGUUUCAAUUCAAGGCUGUUCCUUAACUUUGCAAACCAAUCCAUUUAGCUUUUCCCUUGGGAAAAUCAUUGGCUUUGCAAACCAUAAAAAUGGCAAUGUGUUAAAUUCAUCAACAUAUUCUGCACAUGUAAAAUAAAAUUGUUUCAUAUCCUUGUCAUUCAUGAGUUAAACCAAAGCUUAAAUGGUGUAUUGAUGUUACAAAAACUACUAAAGCUCGCUAAACAAUUUACAAACUCACCCUAAUAGGAAAAAGUAGUACUUCUACAUUAUUCCAUUGCUUGAAUAAAA